ACGGGCAGCGCACAGAGCGGGGCCGGGCCGUGCGAGCGCGGCCCGGGCAGCGGGGCCGGCAGUCCCCGAGCUGGGCCCGGCCUGGCCGCACGGCCGCUCCCCUUUCCCCUCCGGCCCGGCCCGCUCCUCCCGCGGGCUGCCAGGAGGCCCCUCCGCUUCUCCCCACUCAUGGCCCCCGGCCCGGGAGGGCCCCUCGGGGAGCGAAGGCCGCCGCGCCGCGCCCGGCCCCGGCCCCUCGCCGCCCGGCCUCCCUGCGCGGCCGGGCGCCGCCGGGCCGCCCCCCGCAUGCCCGUGCCCAGGGCGCCGCGGGGCCGGGCCGGGCCCGCUUCCUGUGCGUGUCACUCACUCGGCGGGGGAGGGGAAGCGCCGAGCAGGCGGCGGCUCCUCCGCGAGCGGUGGCGUUGGGCCGGGCGGGCGCUCGCAACCCCCCGGCUGCCGCGCGGUCGCGGCCUGAGGCGCCGGCGGAGGCCCGGGGCGGCGCGGCGGUGCUGCCCAGCGGCGGGAGGCCCCGGCGCGGCCGGGCCUGGGCUCUCGCGUCCCGCGGGAGGCGGCCAUGUCUACCGGCGAGGUGGAGCGGCUGUCGGCAGACCUCGGCGGGGCUGCUGGGGACGAGGAGGAGGAGUGGCUCUAUGGCGAUGAAAAUGAAGCAGAGAGACCAGAGGAAGAAAAAGCUAGUGCUCCACCCCCACCUGGAAAUGAAGAGGAAGCUGCAGAAAAUGGCGUUAUGAAAACGAAGGUGGCAGAGGCUGAGGAUGACAGUGAUAGUGAUAGUGAUGAUGAUGAAGAUGAUGUUCAAGUCACCAUAGGGGAUAUUAAAACAGGAGCUUCACAGUAUGGUUAUGGAGCGACACCUGUGAAUCUCAAUAUUAAGACAGGAGGACGAGCUUAUGGAUCUUCCGGUGCAAAAGUUAAGGGAGUGGAUCUAGAUGCACCAGGCAGUAUUAAUGGUGUGCCACUUCUGGAAGUAGAUUUAGAUUCAUUUGAAGAUAAACCUUGGAGAAAGCCAGGGGCUGAUCUCUCUGAUUAUUUCAACUAUGGGUUCAAUGAAGAUACCUGGAAAGCUUACUGUGAAAAACAGAAGAGAAUACGAAUGGGUCUUGAAAUUUUACCAGUUACCUCAACCACAAAUAAGAUUACGGCUGAAGACAAUGCUAUGGAAGUAAGACCAAGUGCAGAGAUUCUCGAUGGCAGAUACCAUCUUUUUAAGGUACAGCAGGGAAGAACUGGAAAUUUGGAGAAAGAGUUGGCAGUGCAGUCAACCAAACCUGAUUUCACAUCUCCUCCUGCCUUAUUCAAAUCAGGAAUUCCAACAAACAGGCGAUUAUCUGGCACAAUAGAUGUGAUUGGACAGACCAUCACUAUCAGCAGGGUGGAAGGACGACGGCGUGCUAAUGAAAACAGCAACAUACAGGUUCUUUCAGAACGAUCUAAUCCUGAAGUAGACAAUUUUACCAAGCCACCUCCAUUUUUCCCUCCAGGAGCUCCACCUACCCACCUUCCACCACCUCCUUUCCUCCCACCCCCUCCAACUGUCAGUACUGCUCCACCUCUGAUUCCCCCACCAGGUAUACCAAUAACAGUGCCACCACCAGGCUUUCCACCACCACCUGGCGGUCCUCCACCUUCCCUCAUACCCACAAUAGAAAGUGGACAUUCUUCUGGCUAUGAUGGUCGUUCUGUUCGUGCAUUCUCAUAUGGCAGUGUCACCUUUCCGCACCUUGCAGGUUCUGCUCCUUCAUGGUCUAGUCUUAUGGACACCAGCAAACAGUGGGAUUACUAUGCACGAAGAGAGAAGGAUAGGGAACGUGAGAGAGAGCGUUCCCGAGAUCGGGAUCGCGACCGGGACCGGGACCGAGAUCGAGAACGUACCAGAGACAGGGAAAGGGACCGAGAUCACAGUCCAACUCCAAGUGUGUUCAACAGUGAUGAAGAACGAUACAGAUACAGAGACUAUAUAGAAAGAGGCUAUGACCGCCAUAGAACAAGUAGAGAGAAAGAAGACCGACACAGAGACAGGAGACACAGAGAGAAAGAAGAGACAAGACACAAGUCAUCUCGAAGUAACAGCAGGCGUCGACAUGACAGUGAAGAAGGGGACAGCCACAGAAGGCACAAACACAAAAAAUCCAAAAGAAGCAAAGAAGGAAAAGAAGCCAGUGGUGAACCUGCUCCUGAACAGGAAAACACUGAAGCUGCCCCUGUGGAAUAGGCUUGUGUGAUUUUUGCCUACUUGCAUAUAUAUUAGUGCCAGAAAUAAUUACUAUAAAUCUUGUUAUUUUUCUGGGUAUUAAAAUAAUUUGCUCUUAA